AUGCCUCUCUCUCUCUGUGUCUCUCUUCUGGGCCUUAGGAUACCACCAACCUGCAUGGCCGGGAAACCGGAAUGGUUUAGUAGCAGCGGUGUUGUCGUUGCUACUUUGCUAAGCAUGCUGGUUCUGGUGUUCUUCAUCAUCCAUGGAGGAGCCACAACUAUGUACGAUUAUCGUCAGCCCGCGGCUGCGAUUAAGGAGAAAGGGAUGUGCCUCCUCUCUAUCUAUCAUGGAUUUCUCCCUCCAGCAUCCAUUGGCAGCCCUUGUCCCUGGACCUCCUUCAUCGAAACAAGCGGCGGAACGGGCGGCGCCCCUUUCGGGCGCACCAGAGAAACCCCAGCGCGCUUCUUUAGCACGAACUAUCCCGACGAGAAAGAGGUCUCCGCUCUCUCACUCCCUUUUCCUAUUGAUGGCUAA